AUGACGGCAGACUUGAGAUUCGACCCUCAGGGAGACGGGUGGACGUUCAAUAAGGAGACACAGACGUACGAUCUCAGGCGCGCCUCACCUUCGCGACGCUUCACCGUCCUGACCUCGCAGGGCCCUCCGAACACGUCAGUCACGCUGGCGCCGGCCCUGAGCGCCUUGGUCGUCAUCGAUAUGCAAAACUUCUUUCUGCAUCCACGGUGUAACGACCAUCCCUCCGGACUGGCUGCUGUCGAGCGCACCCUCCAAGAUGUCGACAAGUGGCGGGAGAUCGGAAUCAAGGUCAUUUGGCUGAACUGGGGCCUCACCGACGAGGAUAUCGUGUCGAUGCCGGCUGCUGCUCAACAUAGUUUCGCCAGCGCCGUCGUCUCCCCGCCGGUCGACGAUCGUCAGGCGACAUAUGGCUUCGGUUCUGACAUGGGAGACGAUAGAGGCCGGUUACUGGUGGCUUGUUCGUGGAACGCCCAGCUGUACGACCCGUUACAAGACGCGAGCCGCCCGGGGUCGGAUCUGUUUUGCGACAAAAACCGUAUCUCGGGCCUCUGGAACAGCGAGAUGCCCUUGGCAAAGGCCCUCCCUGGUGCCGGCUCUCGAACCUUGCUGUUUGCCGGCGUCAAUACGGAUCAAUGUAUACUCGGGACUCUAGCGGAUGCUUACUACCGCGGAUUUGACUGCAUCUUGUUGGAAAAUUGCUGCGCUACUAAAACUCCAGGCGGGCAGGAAGUUACUGUCUACAACACCGCACGUGGUUAUGGAUUCGUUGUUGACAGCAGAAGCUUCUGUGAUGACUUGGUCACCAGUUGA